AAAAUUACUUCCCGUUUUCAUGUCCUCCAACGUUUACCCACCUCUUCUCUUCUCUCCAAUCUUCCUUUUCUUGUUCGAUGCCAUCACCUGAAACCCUUCUCUGCUCUCAAUCUCACCCACCUACUCUCCCCUUCUCCUUCACUUCUAAAUUCAUGCAAAAACCUCAGAACAUUAAAACAACUCCAUGCUUCUUUAAUUCUCUCAAUUGGGAACUUUCUCCCCACUUCCUGGGCCUCAAGGCUAAUAUCUUUAUAUGCCCAUUUCAAUGAUCUUGAAACCGCUGUUUUGGUUGUCAAGUCUUUGAAACAAGCUGAUACAAUAACAUGGAAUCUGAUAAUAAAAUCCCAUGUUGAUUUUGGCUACAUCGAAAAGGCUUUAUUCUUGUAUAGAAAGAUGAGAAAAGAGGGGGUAAAGCAUGAUCGUUUUACGUUUCCAGUAAUUAAUAGAGCGGUUCUGUUGAUUAAUGCUGAUGCAGAAUUUGCAAAACUUAUUCAUUGCGUUGCUGUGAAAAUGGGUUUUGGAUUUGAUUUGUAUUUUGGGAAUACAAUGGUUGAGGUCUAUAGAAAAUGUGGGUGUUUUACUAAUGCUUAUAAGGUGUUCGAUGAAAUGUUUGAGAGAGAUUUGGUUACUUGGACGUCUAUGAUUUCUGGGUGUUUUUCUGAGGGAAACGUUGUUGAGGCUUUUACAUUGUUUAAGAAAAUGAGGCUGGAAAUGGAACCCAAUGCAGUGACUGUGAUUGUCUUGUUGCAGGGUUGCUCUAGAUGGGGAAGUUUUAUUGGUGGGAAGCAAACGCAUGGAUAUGUGAUCAAGAGUGGGGUAUUGGCUGAUGGAUCUGUACUAAAUUCUGUUUUGAAGAUGUACACAACAAUGGGUUCUGUUGAAGAAGUUGAGACAUUUUUUAGUGAAAUUUUUCUGAGGGAUAUAGUUUCCUGGAAUACUUUGAUUUCCUACUAUUCACUAAGGGGAGAUGUUGGAGAAGUAGCAGACAGGUUCUGUAAAAUGCAGGUUGAGGUAAAGGUCAGCAUUGAGACACUAACCCUUGUCAUAUCAGCGUUUGCAAAGUCUGGGAAUCUAUCACAAGGUGAAAUAUUACACUGUUGUGCUCUAAAAUUGGGUUUACACGAUGAUGUUUUGCAGACAUCUUUGUUGGACUUCUAUGCAAAGUGUGGGUUGUUAAAAAACUCGAUUCAACUUUUUAAAGGAAUCUCAAGUAGAAAUAGCAUUGCAUGGAGUGCAAUGCUGUCAGGUUACAUUCAAAAUGGAUUUUUCAAGGAGGCCAUUGUAUUAUUCAAGGAAAUGCAAGCUGCAGGUCUUCACCCAUGCCUGAGAUUUCUGGGAAACAUAGUUCACGCGUGUACCCAUGUAGGGCUUAGAAGUGGGUAAAGAAUUCAUGGCUAUUCUAUAAAGAACAUGUUUCAUAGUCUGAGAAAGGGGACAUACUUAGAAUUAGAAACCUCUAUCUUAAACAUGUACAUUAGAUUUGGAAGCAUCUCGUCUGCCAGAGCGUGUUUUAAUAGAAUGUUGGUGAAAGAUAUAGUGGCUUGGACAUCAAUGAUUGAGGGCUAUGGGAUUCAUGGACUUGCCGAUGCCCUGAAACUUUUUGACCAAAUGGUGGGGGAAGGAGCAACACCAAAUUGUGUAACUUUCUUGAGUUUGCUAGCUGCUUGUAGCCACUCUGGCCUUGUGAGUGAAGGCUGCUACGUCUUUUAUUCCAUGAAAUGGAGGUUCAGCAUUGAACCUGAUUUGGAUCAUUACACUUGCAUGGUUGAUCUUUUGGGGCGAGCUGGAAAACUCAAAGAGGCCUUGGCAACAAUCAUGAAGAUGUUGGCUUUCCCUGACAGCCGGAUUUGGGGUGCUCUUCUCGCUGGCUCUAGAGUUCAUGGACACAAAAAGCUUGGGGAAUAUGCUGCGCAGCGGCUUUUGGAACUUGAAUCUGACAAUGUUGGGUAUCACGCACUGCUCAGCAACGUACAGGCUAGUACUGGACAGUGGGCUGAAGUUGAAGAAGUUAGAAGAGCUAUGUUUGAGAAGGAUUUGAAGAAGCAACCAGGGUGGAGUUACGUAGCGGAAAACAAACACAUAUGUUGUUUUGUGUGUGGAGAUAAGUCACACAAUCAAGUUGAAGAAAUUUAUGAAGUAUUAGGAUGCUUAAUUAGGCAAGCACAGGAAUUUGGCAGUGUCUAGUGCACAAAUUUGAUGAGUUGAUCAGUUGCCUUGAAUAAUCUAUAACAUACUUGGGGCUUCCUCAUGAGGCUUCAAGAAGGGGGUUUUAAUGCUCCAACAAGUUUUCAAAAGAAAUCCCAAAUUGCUCAAGUGUGAGUAAAACUUAAAAAUAAAGAAGGCUCUUAAACAAUCCUAUUAGAGUGCAAUAGUGGAAAUAGAAAGAAAGAAAAAAAGGGUUGGUAACAAAUCUGAAUAACAAACAGAAGAAGAAGAUGAAUUUACAACAAAUCCUCACUAAACGGUUGUUUGGGUCUUUUUUAAUACAAAAAAAAAAAAUGAGAGCAAAAACAAAUGGAGUUGGUCUCAGAUUUUCUCUCUUUUUGAACAGAAGGAAAAACUUUUGUAAACAAAAGCUCAACCUAGGAGAAAGAGAGAGAUAGAUAGAUAUCCACUGACGAUUGGUGCACAUUACACUUCUAUUUUAAGGCAGAGAGAGAGAGAGAAAAGAUGUUGAAGCAAAGAGAGAGCAAGAGCGGGGAUGCAAAGACGCCCGUGUGCAAUGCAUUGGUCAUAUUCUAGUAGUUUGUAAUGGCAAGGGCACUGCUGCCUAUUGUCAUUUCUUGAAAGCUGGCCUGAAAGGCAUAAUUGGUCUACUGCUAGCAUGGUCCCUUUUAGUUUGGUGAUUUUUAGUCCUAAAAGGGACACUUAU